GCCGGUAAAAUGAAUCGCUACUUGUUAAACAUUUCCUACAUUGGCACGAAUUUCCGUGGUAUACAGAAAACAGUGAAUAAAGCUGAGGAAGCUCGCGUGGACACAAAAACCAUACAAGGCUGCAUUGAGUUGGCCUGUCGUGCCUUGAACCCGACAAACGAGAUUGAGACAGUUAUAUCGAGCCGCACUGAUGCAGGUGUUCAUGCAUUACACUCAACACUUCAUGUUGAUCUGGAACGUCGGAACUCUAUGCCCUACGAUCCAACUACCAUAACAUGUGUGCUAAAUCGUUCACUACAUAAAGACACACUUCCCAUACGAGUAUUGAGCACACAACAAGUGCCGGAAAGCUUCCAUUGUCGUUAUCAUGCUCGUGGCCGUUCAUAUUUGUAUCGUUUUGCGGUGGCCAAAAAUGGCAUCACGGACACUGAUAGGUUAAAAAAUCACAAUUUUGAAGCAUUUCUGCCGGUGGAAGAAAUAGAUCGUUGCUUUUUCUUGCAAAAUAGCACCUUUGACAUUGAACGCCUGCGUGCUGCGUCUGGUAUAUUUAUUGGUCGUCAUGAUUUUCGCACGUUUAUGAGUGUCAGUCGUCAACAUAGUCCUACACGCGAUCAUCCCAAUUAUACUGUACGUACAAUUGAUGAAAUAAAUGUGAGGCCUGGUAAAUCUACAGCGAUUGGUGCAAAUGCAGUUUUGGCAGAAAGUCUCUACAAUUAUUGGGAGAUUGAAAUCAAAGCUAAAGCGUUUCUCUACAAACAAGUUCGACGCAUGGUUGGCGCAUUACUUGCUCUAGCUACUGGUCGUAUUGAUGAGCGUGCCAUAUACGAAAUGUUAACAAUACCCUCUAAGAACUCUUGGGAACCACGCAUUUUACUCUCGCCACCAUUUGGACUUUAUCUCUGUCGCGUGCAUUACGAUGAAAAAGAUCUAAAACUGCCACAAACGAACUCAAACCAAAAAAAUGAGUUUCCUUCAGCAACUACAAACUAAACGUGCGGCUUUAAAAGCCAC